AUGUCUAAUGAAGAUGAUCAGCAACUUAUCUCAAAUAGUGUUUUCAACAAUGUAGAGGGAGAAAGAAUGUCUAAUGAAGAUACUCACAAGAGAAUCUCAGGUGAUGUUUAUGAUGGUGAACAAUAUUUAAAUGAUGCUUUAACGGAAGAGUCGGAUAACAAUGAUGUCUCUUCACCAUAUCAAUCAAGGACCUGGACACCAAAUGUAGGGGAUAUGUUUAAGCCUAUUGUUGGAACAAAGUUUGGAAAUUUGAAAGAUGCAUUUGAGGCUUACAAAAAGUAUUCKWMAGCAGCAGGUUUUGAUGUUAGAAAGUCUACACAAAGAACGGAUAGGAAAGGAAUUGUGCUAAGAAAGUUCUUUGUUUGUAGCAAAGAAGGUAUGAAGAAGAGAKCAUCAUAUAAUACCUUGGAAGGAACUUCUAAGAAAGACAAACGUAGGAGACUUGAAUUCCGAAGUUCUUGUCCUGCUUGCAUUAAGCUUCAUGUUGUACAUGGGAAUUGUUAURAAGUGUAUAAGWUKGUGGAAGAACACAACCAUUGCCUUGUUUUACCAGAGGAUGAGCAUUUACUACGUUCRAAUAGAAAGAUGAGUUAUUCACAACAAUAUUUUACUAUGAAGCUUUCRAAUGCAAACAUUGGUCCAGUUUCUUCGUACAACUUGGCGAAGGAGAUGGUAGGUAGCUAUGACAGAGUAGGGGCUACUAAGACAGAAUUUAAAAACUUUUCGAGAGACGUUUCAUCUUUUAUUGGGAAUAAAKACGCACAAAUGAUUGUGGACAAGUUUACACUAAAGAAAGAUACGAUGCCGAACUUUUCUUUCGAGUAUUUAGUUGGUGACAAAGGAGAGUUAAGUGGUUGUUUUUGGGCAGAUGAAACUUGUAAAUUGAACUACAAAGCAUUUGGUGAUGUAGUUUCAUUUGACGCAACAUUCAAAAAGAACAAGUACAAUAUGAUGAAAAAGGAGCCUUAUGCAUGGUUACUUAAUGCAUUCCUUUUUGUGCAUGGUUCUGAACCACAAAUGGUUAUAACAGAUCAAGAUUUAGGAAUGAAAGCAGCAAUAGAAGUUAUUUUCAAGAGUGCAAAGCAUCGACUUUGUAUGUGGCAAAUAAUGAAUAAACUUCCUUCAAAGGAGAUUAUUGCAUCGUUGUGGACAUGUUCAKCAUUGAGUAAAGAUAUAAUUCAAGACAGGGAUAAAGAAAGAAAAGGAGAAUUUAAGUGCUUCAUACAAUUCAAUGUUAUUAGAUGGCAUCAUGAGAUCAAGAAAGUUCCAAAACGCUACAUACUUCAACGUUGGAGAAAAGAUGCUGUAAAGUUACCAUCAACAAAAGCAAUGUUGAAUGGAACUCCAGAUACAAACAAUGCGCUUUCGGACAUAUACUCAUCAGUUGGACGCGUUACAAGUUGUUUGGGAAAUGACAUUGAAAAACUUGGUCAGUUUAUUGAGUGUAUCAAGUUGUUUGAGAAUGAAUUAGAAUCUAAUAGCAUUAGCGAAUCUUCAAGGAGCAAAAAGGAUACAAUUGAGAGCUUUACUGGAAUAACACAACCUGCUGAAAUAACAAUUAAAAGUGAGCUCCCUUUUGCCUUUUGGAGUUUAUCAUACAUGCAUAGAUUAAGUGAUAUGAGGAAGCAUUAUUGUGUUUUGCCAACAGUUCUAAUUGUACUCUCGUUUACGAUUAACGUUGUAUCAUCUUCUUCGUCUUCCACCAUCUCAAGACGUUUUCGCUUCAACGUUGAAUGGAAGAAUAUCAGUCGUGUAUGCAAUAGAAAAGCAAUAUUAACAGUAAAUGGGGAGUAUCCAGGACCAACGAUUGCUGUAAAUGAAGGAGAGCAGGUAGAGAUUAAGGUGACGAAUGGUGUUCCCAGAAACACCACCAUCCAUUGGCAUGGAAUCAAACAACUACGAAGUGGAUGGGCAGAUGGGCCAGCAUAUGUUACCCAGUGUCCCAUAAAACCAGGUGGAUCUUAUACGUACAAGUUCACUGUGACCGGUCAGAGGGGUACCCUCUGGUGGCAUGCUCAUAUUGCUUGGCAGCGUGCCACCGUCUAUGGCGCCAUCGUCAUAUACCCUCGUAUGCCCUACCCGUUCUCUAUUCCAAUUGAAGCCGAAAUCCCCAUCAUAUUUGGAGAAUGGUGGAACUUACCUGUUGAAGGGAUAGAAGACGAAAUGUACAAGUUUGGCAGUGGUCCGAACUCAUCCGAUGCCUAUACCAUUAAUGGUUUACCUGGAUCACUUUACCCUUGCUCUCUCAAAGAUACUUUUAUUCAGACUGUGGAACAUGGGAAGACCUACAUGCUUAGGAUCAUCAACGCAGCCCUUAACGACGAGCUCUUCUUCACCAUAGCCAACCAUACACUUACAGUCGUCGAGAUCGAUGCGUCGUACACCAAACCCUUUGAUACCAAAGCCAUCAUGAUCACACCAGGACAAACAUCUACCGUGCUCUUCACUGCAAAUCAGUACCACCAUGACUCCACCGGAUUGUUCGUUAUGGCCGCCAGGCCUUACCUCACCACUGUAUUCCCUUUCGACAACUCUACCACAAUCGGUUUCUUGAAAUACAAAGGAACAAUGGCAGAAAAUAUGCUUCUCCCGGAACCAUCUGAUCUUGUUUUGCCUCAACAUCUCCCACAAAUGGAAGAUCACGCGUUUGCCACAACAUUUUCACGCCAACUCCGGAGUCUUGCAACGGCCAGGUACCCUUGUAACGUGCCAAAAAAGAUUGAUAAACGUGUUGUUAUCACUAUCAGUCUUAACCUUCAAGAUUGUCCUGCUAACCAAACUUGCAAAGGGUUGAAUGGGAAGAGAUACGCAGCUUCCAUGAACAACCAAUCAUUUAUCCGUCCCCCUACCUCAAUACUGGAAUGGUAUUACCUAAAUUCUUCUUCUACUCAGUACUCUUAUGACUUCCCACACAAGCCACCACAUGUUUUUGACUAUACAGGAAUCGACCCAUUGAUGCAUAACCUAAAUCCAGAUUUCGGUACAAAACUCUUUGCGGUGGAGUAUGGGACGAGGUUAGAAAUCGUUCUUCAAGAUACAGGUUUUCUUAACUUGGAAAAUCACCCGAUUCAUAUUCAUGGCCAUAACUUUUUCAUCGUGGGUACGGGAUAUGGAAAUUACAAUGCGGACAAGGAUACUGUGGGAUACAACCUUGUAGAUCCACCUGAGAGGAACACGGUCGGGGUACCAAUGGGGGGAUGGGCAGCGGUUCGAAUCAAUGCAGAUAAUCCAGGGGUAUGGUUUAUGCACUGCCAUCUUGAAGAACAUACUUCGUGGGGUCUUGCUUCGGGUUUCAUCGUGAAGAGUGGUUCGAAGUCAUCUCAAAGCUUGCUUCCACCCCCUGAUGAUCUUCCUGCAUGUUGA